GAACGUACCGUGCGCGUAUAACCGAACGGAUUCGAGGACAACAACCUCCAAGUCGGAAAUUCGUUUUUCGCUUUUUUCCAUCUACUUCAUUGUGAAGUGCGUUUCUUUCGGCCGUUUUAUUUACGGUUAGACAUUUUAUUUACUUAUUUUUUCGGUUGGCGCGAUGUUGAUUUUUUCAGCCGCUCGGAUUAACCUACCAGGAAGCUGAUACGUUUGGAAAGUAUAUGGAUGUGGAAUGAGGGCUUCGAACCGUUGGGAUCGGGUGGUAUGGACUGCCUGCAGCUGCGACAACCGGCCGGUCCAUUUCACUAUCUCAUUAAUGAGCAAGCCAAGUCUUUGGUCGCCCUGCAGGAACUCCAGCAUGAGGUCGGCGCUCUCCUGGAGUUUCGCGAUCUCGUCAUGGAGACGUUUCCUAACCUGCGCACCAAGCUGGCGUCCUCCACAUCGGCGACGAUGACCACCAACGGCCACCACAACUCCAACAUACCGGUGUCGAUACGGCCGGGAGAAUGGACGCCCGGCGUGCGGGUGCGGAAGAAGAUCGGCAGCAAGGACGAUUCGAGGAAGAAGGGCGGAGACAUCGCCGUGCAGGACUCCGGCUUCAGCACGGAGACGUCCAGCAAGGAGACGCACAGCGCCUCGUCCACGGCGCUCGCGACCUCCUCUUCGGCAGCUGGCGUGAUAGAACACGACGAUGAUUUAGAAGACGAGCUAUGGAAUCUACUGGACAUCAUCCACCGCAAAGGGACGCGAUUAAAAAACGAAGCCAAAGCGCUGCAGGGCACGAUCAGCGAGCGGUCUAUCACCAAGAACGAACGCGACGUUUCGUUCCAGGGAUUCCUGUUCGCCUCGCCGACGGAUUCCUCGUCGGACGCGCUGAAGCUGCGCGAGGAAAGGGACCUUUUGCUUGACAAGCUGGCCGAGAUGGAGGCGGAAGUGCUGGCCGGACGGAUACACACAUCCCGGCUGCAAGAGGACUUGGAAAACUUGAUGAUAGCCAAACAAGAUUUGGAAGAGCAGCUCAAAGCGGUUGUUACAAAACGAGGUGAGGUGAAUUCGCAAAUUCAUGAUUUGCAUCUUCAGUUUGUGACUAAAACUAGUGAUACCGGUUCGUCGGUGAGUGAAAAGAGUAGUGUAAGUGAUAGAAAGGAUUCAGCACAACAGAGGACGAUUCAACAAAGUGUUAGUGAUAUUGACGGUGUGUUCAGCCGGAAGCUCCCCAAAGUGGCGGUGCCGGAUUCGAAGAAGAUACGGGCCAUAUUGAAGGAACGCAAUCCAUUGGUGCUACAAAAACAUUUGUUAACGUCAACCGUGAAAAAUCAGGUUCUCCAAGAGCAACUGAACAACAUUUCAACGGUGGAAUCAGGACUGAGAGAUAGGUUAGAUAAAUUUAAAGAAGAAAACGAAGACUUAAAAUUUAAGCUCGAGAAUCGAACGAUAGAAUUGGAAGGCACGAAAGCGCGUCUCCGCGUGCUCGAAGACCCCCACAAGUCCCUGAACAAGAGCAGCUCCCCGGACAUCAUCCCGACGACGGGGCGGCCGCCGUCGCGCACCGAAAUCUCCACGGCCAGCAUGAAGGCGAUGAGCCCCCUGAUGCUGGGCAGCAUGAAGGCGCUCAACCUGCAGGCCGAUCACUCGAGCAGCACCGAAUCGGCGCAAGACCAGACCGUCGAUCGGGAGAAAAAAGACGGCGCCAAAACCAGGAGGCCCAGUAAGAUACCGUUGAAAAGUUACACGGCCCCCAAACCGCCCGGUGGUAAACACAGUCCGGCACCGGGCGCACGUAGCCGUAGCGGCGAUUCACUCGGUAGACCUCACUCUGCACAAUCGUGGAGAAAUAACAAGAGCGAAGGCAACAGCCUCAACUGUCCCAAAGCCAAUAAUAAUUCGCUGACCAAGUCGAGGAAUAACUCGCUGGGCACGGCCAAGGACUCGUUGUCCGGCAAGCUUCGCUCGGCGGAGACCGUCCAAAAGGCGAGCGCCAACACGCUCACCAGGAGCGCCACCAUGAAGAAGACAUCGGCCAAGAAGGACGCUGCCGCCAAUGAAAAGAUUCAAGACUCAAAUUCAGCAAAAGAAAAAUCUCAGUUUCCAUGGAUUCUCUCUUCAUUUAACGGCAGUCCGGACGGCGGCGCCUAUCCGGAUUCGUUGGACAAGAACGAAUUCGUCCAGCCGUCGACCGGCCUCUCGACGAGCUGUCGCUUCCACACGGCCAAUAAUUUCUUUUGGAACGGCAGGAGCAUGCAGCGGGAGCACGAGUACUACGACAGCAUCGACACCAACAUGGUCUCCAGCAUGUUCCGCAACGGCGAGGAGAUGGCCGAAUGCGACUCGCUCGACGGCGCGAUAUCGGAUUUUUUUGGGAAAAAUUAAUUUUCGCGUGCGUUUGUUUGGUUUUGGCGUCCGGCCGGUGGCGCUUUAGAGGGUUUAAAUUGGUCAUUUAAACAAAUACUCGCGUAUUUUUUUAAAUACUCUCAAGACUUCACGGUGAGAGUAAUGGAUUGAGCGACUGUACGUUGAGGUAUGAAGAGUUUGAAGCUAUUAUACCGGGUGUUUCUUAAUAACAUGCUAAUAUUAAAGGGGGUGAUUCUUGGACCCAUUUUAAGAAAAAAAGUUUAUAUGAAUAUAUGUCUAAACCUAAAAUUCAUUAUUUUUUAAUUUUAGCAGUCAUUUUCAUUACCACUGUAAUUUUUAUGAAAUUUGGUGUACGGCGUUUAUUCAUUAAAGAGCAUUUUUUGAGCUUAAAAACAUUUUUUAUUUCCAACAGUGGCGUCCGUACUGGACUCAGAUAGGAUAUUUUUGAAGAAAGGCACGCCACUGUUUUCAUUUAAAAUAAAAAUUAAUUCUGGAGUAACCAUUCAAUUAUUUAGAACACAUUUGGUUUUUUCACUUCUUUCCGAACAUUUAACCAUAAGUUUAGGACAAAAGAUGUUCAUAUGAAGUUUUUUUCCUUAAAAUGGAUCCAAGAAUCACCCUCUUAAAUAUUAGCUUGUUAUUAAGAAACACCCUCUAUUACCAGCUAAUGAAUGCAGUUUUGAAAAGGAAAAAAAUGAUUUUGUUAUUUUUUAUAUUUCACUUAAAAAUCGGCAUUUAAAUUACAAUAUAUUGCGAUCGUUUUGUAGAUAUUAAAAAAAAAAGCUUUGUAAUUAUUGCAAUUGUGCCUGCAUGAGAUGCCUUGAUGCAGAAAAGGGGACGGAAAUUUCGAGCAUGCGGAACUAUAGAUGAAUUAUAAUAAUGAAAUACAUAAAAAAUGCCUGUAAGAUAUACUUUUUAAAUAUACAAUAAUCCUGUAUGUAUACUUUUCAAUCGUAUUUAUACUUUUACAUAGGGGUAGUUAAAUUUUAUUGAAUGUGAUCUGUUUUUGUGGCGUUUUUUUAAAGAUGCAUUUCAACGUACUGAAAGCAGAAAUGGAGGAAAUAGUACAUAAAUUCAGUAGUAGAUAAAUUUCUCUUUUCUAAAUAGCAAAUAAAUUUAAAUGAUUGCUUUGUAAAUUUAUUUCCUCGUUUAGUGAAAAGAGAAUUUAAAACAUUAUAUUGUAGAAAUAAUUAUAUUUGUGAUAUAAUUACAAAAAUAAUUUACUCGUAUAACUAAUUUAGAUCUUUAAUGAUACCGUUCCUUGUUUUCAGUUCAACAAAAACUACCCUACAUUAUUAUUAUUAACACAUUUAAUUUUGCUGUGUAGAGCUGUGAUAAGUAUUAAAAGAAGUGUGCGUUUGAGGUGGCAACUAUUUAAUUUAUAUUCCAUUUUUUUUAUUGAAAUGAACAAAGGCAAUAUUGAAUUCAUCAAAUUUCAUAUGCCACAUUUAUUGUGAUAUGUAUCGAAAUGCUCAUCACAUUUGUUAUUUAAGUUCAUUGCAUUUUCAAAAAUGUAUAAUGCAUUUGUUGAAAAUCUUUACAUCUCUACGAUAAAAUAGUAUUCGACGAUGAAGCAGUACUUUUGAAAAUUAAAGUACGAAGCUUUGAAAUUACCUAAUAUUGCAAUACAAUACUAUCAAGAUAAUUAAGUCUUGUUUUAUCGUAGAGAUAUUAGAAUCCCAUUAUUGUAAAUGAAAGUAAUUCUAAAGCACAGUAUAAGAUUAAUUCAAUUGUGAGCAGAUUUAUAAAAUCUAUUUGAAUUAUUAUUUAUUAAGUAUUACACGACUGAUUUUGAUUCUGUAAAUCUGU